GUGUGUGUGUGUGUGUGUCUGUGUGUGUGUGUGUGUGUGUGUGUUUGUGUGUGUGCAUGUUUGUGUGUGUGUGUUAGUGUGUGUCAGUGAGUGUGUGUGUAUUGGUUUCCAUGGAGACGGUCAGAUCAGUUUAAUGUUUACAGGAAAUAAGGAAGUGGACUCUGAUCUCAGGUGUUUUUCAGCUGAGACAGAAGCUGAAACAGGACUGAAGAACCGGCCGUGGUUCUACUGACUGACUCACCUGAACCUGCUGCUGCUGAGUGAAGAGAGAUGAAGGUGGAGGUGACGAUUCAGCUGCUGAGGUUCUGCUCUCACGUAUUCAACUCCAUCUUCCUGGUUCUGGGUCUUAGUGUAGCCGGCUGUGGAGUCUGGAUCCUGUUUAGCAGCGAAAGCUUCCUGACCAUCCUACCCUCAGAUCCAGGACGUGAGGCGCUGCGUACAGUGGGGGUGGGGCUGUUGGCGAUCGGUGGAGUGGUGGUGCUGGUCAGUGUUAUUGGAUGUUUAGCAGCUGACGGAGGGAAGAGAUUCCUGCUGCUGGUGUACCUGGGCUUCCUCGUCGUCCUGGUCCUGGGUCAGCUCUUCGUCACACUGCUGCUGCUCAUCAACAGAGACCAGAUCGAACAGAGUCUGGAUCAAACAGUGGAUCACAUCAUCCGUGACUAUGGAGCGACCAGUGAGGACGGACUGAUGGACGGCCUGCAGAACUCUGGGCAGUGCUGUGGCAGGACGGGCCCUGCCGAUUGGCUGAACAACCGGUACAUCCAGAGUCUGAACCUGACCAAUCCAGACGUACUUCCUUGUUCCUGUUUCAGGCAGUAUCGUCCCGUCUUUAACUCGUCCUGGUGCUCCGAGCUGCUUGACGUCACCGUCCCACAGUAUGGACGAGGAAACAGCUCGUAUGACCAAGGAUGUAAAAAGAAGCUCAGUGAUUGGCUGCAGGAAAACACUCUGACAAUCAUCGGUAUGGAUGUCGGUCUCAUGUUAAUCCAGGUGCUUCAGUUUAUCGUCUCGGUGUACCUGUACCGCGCCUUUGGCAGAAAAGCAGCUUUGAAAAGAAGCGGUCCUGUGGCUGACUCUGACCACGCCCACCUGGACCACACCCCUGAAGAUGACCUGUACGACGGGGAACAGAACUGUGGCUACAUCGAUCCUGAUGACGAUUACAUAGACUCCACCCACUCAGAUCAUUACCAUGACUACCAGAAUUAUGGAGACCCCACUCACCUGGUUUAUCACAAUGACAACCAGAACCCCCAUUAAUGGACCGAGAGUUUGCCCUGUGAAUAGGCUUCAAACAAACCCGGGUUCCUAAAGGUUCACAUAGAUUACAGCUGUUCACAUUUCCGCUCAAAAUCCUGAUGAAGUCAAACCUGAAGUAGAAAACUUUCUGAACUUUUUCAGAGUGGAAAAGCGUUUGGAAUAAACACUGAUGGUCUGACCAAGUUAUCCAGUCAGCCCCAAGGCCAGGAAGUACAGACGCACGUUAGCCACAUGUGAGCAACACACUGUGCUGCAGAGAUGAGGUCUGCCAGUGUAGUGCUGUUUUUUAGUUCUGCCAGUAGGUGGUGAUAUACUGCCUGUGUAUUCAUUUGCCCAGGUUACAACAGCCAAUCAGAAUGAGUCAAACCAGUCAGAAGAAGGAAGUGAGUCCUAUAUGUUUAGUUAAAGUGUGACACUUUUUCUUCAUCCAUCCUUCCUUGUUGCUUUACAGAAAGUACUGCCUUUGAGUAUUUACUGCAAUUAACAUGUUCAGAAGGUGUGUUUUUUGUUGUUUGAGUAAUUUAAAGGGUUUGUUUCGGUGAUAUGGCCUUUGAAUCGCUUUUGUUCUUUUCUUACAAUUUGAUCAUUUCAGCGAGCAAUUUGUCAGUUUAUUACAGUGAUUGUGGUAAUUGAGCAUUUAUAUUCUGUCUAAACGUGUUAUAUUCAUUGAGCAGCACUUGUUCACCUGGCUAAUGUUCGUCUGUCUGUUAUCCUCACUUUGUAUGCAUAUUUUGCAAUUUAUUACUGAACCUAUAAGUUGUUACGGAAAUUCAUUAUUCAUAUCUGUUGUAGCAAAGCCAAGUGACUGAAUAUUGUUUUGUUCUCUGGUGAUGAUUGAAGGUAGCGUCUCAU